CGUCAGGAUUCAGCGUUUGGUUCCUUCCCGGCAAGUUCACUUCUCGAGUUUCAGCAUCCAACACAUUUCCGGUUUCUGCGCUCACGGGUUUUUCAAUUCUUCCCAGACGAAAAGUCUUAAGGACGAGCAUUUGGAAUAAUCUGCGUCUAAGCGGCGCGAUGAUGGACUCUCGGACUGCCACCGCUUCUCUCCUGCUUCUCUUCGGUUUGGCGACAGCUUUCGCUCAGACUUCCGCACCUCCCCAAGCUUGUGAGGCGAAGAAUGGGACAAACUGCAAGGAAUGUCUGCAAAAUGUGACGUGUCUGUGGUGCAUCGCAACCAAGGCAUGUAUAACGUAUCCAGUGAGGACCAUCCUUCCACCCCACGCACUUUGUCCACUGUAUGACGCACGCUGGGGGCUCUGCUGGAUGAACUUCCAGACGUUGAUAAUCACCUUGGCCGUAGUUGGUGGCAUUCUCAUCAUCGCCUUCCUGGUCUGCCUGUUCUGCUGCUGCUGCAAGUGUGAGCACCUUGGAUCCAAAAGGGAAAAGGCCAAGUUGGAUAAGGAGGUCACUAAGACGAAAACCAAGCAGGAGGAAAGGAGGGCAGAAAUGAAACAGAGACAUGACAAUAUCAGGACUAAAUAUGGUCUAAGUGGGAGCAAUCCAUACUCCAAAUUUUAAUGAGGAUGUACACCACGACCCCUCUGUCUUCCCUGAACUCUGGCCUCUCACGCAACUGAUUUUAAAAACAUGACCGGUAGACAUGAUCAUUUAUGUAAACUAUAACUAAGACGAUUUCAGAAAAGUGACAGUAGUUUUGAUAUCUACAUAUCUAUAGAUAUAGAUAGAGAUAUAUAGGCUUGUCUGGCUUUCACCAGCUAUUAAAUAGGAAUGUUGUGUUCAACCUAAGAGGCACCAGUGUUCUGGUAUAGUCAAUCCUUUUUGCUAUCGGUUAUACUAUUUAUUAGGGUUAACUUUUAAGUUUAAUUGUACAGAAUGGAACAUAAUCCAGUUUGGUUGUUGGACCAUCUUUCUUUCUUUUCUUAAAUCUGUUUUUCUGAGUUGCUGCUGAUUUAGAGAUAUACUUAGUAAUCAUUAAAUUCUUGAAUAUAUGUGUUGAUCCUACAUUUUUAUGAGUUUGAAUAAUUCUACAUUAGCCUGUGUAUUCUGUAAAAAAAUAACACACACAAGCCAAAUAAAAGACUGGAUUAAUUAUGUAAUUAGUGCUGGACUUUUAUUGCUUGUGUUUUGCCUGUAUUACGCUUUUAUUAAAAUCACAACUGCUUCCUUCAAUUUUUUUUAUUUGGGGUUCUUAAAAAGUGAAAGUUCAUUGAUUUUAAAAUGGUUGUGGCUCUCUGAUACAGUACCUCACUUUGAGAAGUGUAAGUGCCUAAAACACCUCACCCCAGGUCUUUAGAGGCUGAAGGCUGACACCUGCUGUUUAAAAUAAAGAACAUUUGUAUUUCGUCCCAUUUUAUACCAACAGCAUUUAGGAUAUUUUAUGUCAGAAUUUAUCCUUUAACUCUCCUCUCUUUUUACUUCUGUUUCAUGGAUUGUGGAAAUCUGAAUCGAGGUCCA